CAAGCCAGUCUCGGUGCGGGUCUCCAGCUCCUAUCAUUCCCUUCUUGCCAGCCGGGAUGCGCAAGCAUCACAACACCAACCCAUCUUAAAGGUCUACAAGAGAGGGGGGAGGGACUCUUAUUUCCGUCUGAUGGUCUUUCCAAGAACUGGUCGCCGCAGUUCCCCGCCGGCCCGCAAGAGGCGCCGAAGAGCAAUAACCAGGGAAAGGCGAGACCGGGGAAAGGAGGAGGGCUAUUCUUUGAGUGGCAGCGCGAGUGGCCAUUCUGAACGCCGGAGCCUCGCUGGCGGUUGUGUUCCCAUAGCAACGCCGGGUGCCUGGCGAGCAUGGCCGCCCUUCGGGUGUAUUACACCAGCGUGACGGGCUCCAGGGAGGUGAAGCAGAGGCAGUCUGAGGUUCUUCGAAUUCUGGAUGGAAACCGCAUGAAGUACCAGCUGGUGGACGUCUCGCUCAGUGAAAGUUUGCUGCAAGAGAUGAGGGAUAAAGUUGGCAAGGCUGAUGCAGUCCCGCCUCAGAUCUUUAACGGAGAUGAGUAUUGCGGGGUAAGAAAAAUCAGACUGGGGGAGGCCACCAAAUUAUGGAUUCGGUUAUAAUGGCUGGAAAACAAGUUGGACAGCACCAGCUGAAGGACUUUGAGAUGCUGUAUGAAGCCACUGAAAAUGAAGAAGUUAAGAAAUUCCUUAAGGUAGCAGCUGUAGACAGAGUGGGAAAAAAUGUGGCAACAAUUUGAAGAUGUUCCUAUAUAUAAGUGUUCAAUGCUUAAACCGUUUAAAAAGUUUAAAUAAAAGGGGAAUUUUGUAUGUCAAAGAAAUUUAGCUCCCUGUGAAAGACACAGGAAUUGCAAAAAUUAAUAUUCACUUUAUCAGCUUUUUGUGUAAGGUUUACUAUGAGGGCAAGGCAGUAACACCUUGCUCUUGAUAGUAGAACACAAAAAGUAAGCUAUCACUUUGUGGUAGCUGGGUUGACACACAGUUAAAACACACCUACUUGAAAUCUCUCCUAACAGAUAGAAGGAUUUUGACUCAUUUAGAACGGCAGAGUGAAAGACCAAAUGGAAGUUGUGAAACUUCUUUUGAAGUUGUGACUUCGAAAACCGAUAUUAUCUGGAUGAAUAAAAUAAUAAUAAUAAUACUCAAUAAUAAUACUCAAGAGCUGUUGGGUCUCCUUUGAGAACAUGAUUCAGAUAUCCUCCAAAUGCAUGUGUUGCCUUUAGGUUGAAUCAAUCCUUGAAUUGAUUUGGAAACAUUUUUUUUCCUCAAAAGUUUUUUUUAAAAGAUAUUUAACAUCCAAAAAUACUGAUAAAUCCUCUUUAGUUUUCAGUGGUCCCAUUUCUGUUGGCUCUUAUAAUCCCAGUUACCUAUUAGAAGUUAUUGAAGAUAAAGAAAAUGUUAAAAGUAUGAAGAGGAUUCUGAGGCACUAAAAAGCUGGUGAUCGCCAUACCUGAAGCGAAAGCAGCAGUUAAAGAUAAUGAUUGUUUUGUGUGUAAAAGUAGAAAAAAAAUACUUUGAAAUCUCACAUUAUUAUAACAGAAAACAGCAGAAGACAUGCAUCUUUUAUUAAUAGAUUUCUGGAAUCGGAAGCUGGUACAACGUCCUCAUUGCCACAAUUAAGCCCAACGUAACAGGCCAAAUGAAAAUCUAUUCAAAAACGUGUGAUCCCUAGGAUAUACUUUUUUUAAAAAAAAAAGAUUUCUGAUUGAACUUUCCUAAUUCAGAGCCCACGGCCAUCAUGAAAUAGGGGAAAGAAAGGUUUCAAGGAGUUGUGAACUGCUGUCAGUUAGGAAAAGGAACAGGACUGCCAGCCAAAGAGACUCAAGCGCAGUGGGAUUACGAGAGAAAAACUGAAGUCAUGAAUGGAUGCCAAGGUCCGAUAGACCAGAAGGUGGGCGAUCAAAGGCCUGAAGAAGAACUAGCAGAACCCCAGCAACAACAGACCACUAGUGCAGCGGUCACCAACUGGUUGUCCGUGGACCACUGGUUGUCCGUGAGAAAAUUUUGGUCGUCCCCAGAAAAAUUAUUUGCAUUUUUUAUCUUGCACUAAAUCAGGGGUCCUCAAACUAUGGCCCCUGGGACAGAUACAUGCAGUGAACGUUUGUGUGGCUGCAGAGUCUCCCCCUUUGGUGUCUUUUUGUGUGGGUCAGAGGGGGGCAGAAAUUCUGACUUGGGGUCUGCUUCAGCCUCCUGAUUCAGGGCUUUGGGCGAAGGCUGGAGAAAAGUGUCGCUGGUGGCAAAGAGCCGGAGGGUCUCAUUCCAGUGGGACUGCCUCAUGGCCUGGAACUGGCUGACCAUCUCAACCCACUGAGCCUCCAGGCGCCGAUACCUGGCCUUGCACUCCCGGAGGUCUUCCCUCUGCUUGGAAAGCCUAUUUUCGUAGUCCUCAGUGAGGUGCUUCUGCUGAGCCUCCUUCUCAGUCAGAUCCAAUUUGAACUGAGCUGUUUUACCAACUCUUUCUCAUGGUGGUGCUUAGCUCCAGCAACUGCUUCCUGUUGGGGCCCUAAGGAGCCCCAGCGGGUGGACAGGUGAGGCAUAGUGAGUAGAGCCUGGCAAGGUGCCCAUCAAUGUGAGUGACACUGAGUUGGCCACGCCCACCCAGUCACAUUGAGUGCCUUGCCACGCCCACCCAGGUCAUUAGGCAGAUCAUAUUAGUGGUCUGCAGGAUUUAAAAUUAUGAAUUUAAUGGUCCCUGAGGUCUGAAAGGUUGGUGACCCCUGCACUAGUGCCAUUCACAGAACUGCAAGAUGCCCAAAAGGGCAAGGAGCCCUGGUGGCGCAGUGGUUAGAAAGCAGAAUUGCAGGCUAACCCUGCCCACAGCCUGGAAUUCGAUCCUGGUGGGGCUCAAGGUUGACUCAGCCUUCCAUCUUUCCGACGUCAGUAAAAUGAGGAUUGACCCACAUUGUUGGGGGCAAAAAUGCAAAUAGUGCUGCUAGAUUGUAAACUGCCUAGAGAGUGCUGUGAAGCACUGUGGGGCGGUAUGUAACCCUAACACUAUUGUUAAUUACCACAACUCCACGUAGCAGGCCAAGCAAUGGCACUAGUUCAGGAUAACAAAACAAAACAAGCGGACAAAACAAAAGGACAACUGCUAACGCUAAUAGGGCUCCUGGGAAUGACAAUCAAACCAAAACCACAAGGCUCACUGGGUAAGCCUGAGUAAGAGGAAAAGCGCAGGCCACAGGGAUGUGGGCAACCAUGGCAACUUUCAGACCUGUGGACUGCUCCCAAAAUUCCUAGGAGUUUGGAGUCCACAGGUCGUAAAGUUGCCAGACCUGCCCACCCUUGUUGCAGAAUAUAAAAAAUAUAGAAUAAAAGAUAGCGCAUAGAGCAGGGGUCUCCAACCUCGACAACUUUUAAGACUUGUGGACUUCAACUCCCAG